AUGGCAAAGAAAAUACCAGACCAUUCAACCCGAUAUCAAUUUUCAUGCCGAUAUCGAACCGCUAAUUAAAAAACCGAAAAUGUCAUGGUUCCAAUCUAUGAACGGCGACAGAUCCCUUGUAAUUUGAUUCAGCUGAAGGUUAUCCCGCUUCUUGUUUUGCCAGCAGAACCUGAAGACUAAAUAGUGACCAUCUGACUCAUAGGGAGGGCUAAAUAUGAAGCAGUGCAUUCUUUCGUACCAAAUGCACUGUGACGUUUAGCCACGUCGUCAAUUUUUUCAAACUGACGACGAACUGAUUGCCAGCCUUUUGAGGCCAUCAGUCGACAUGCAGAAAUGUCCAGGAGCUACUCUCUUUGUGAUUGUUGUAGCCACUGGAUUAGCCACAUGGCUCUUUUCUUUGAUUAUCAGCCAUGCUGUAAAGAUUAUCAUUGAUGAGAAUGGUGAAGCAUCGUGGAUCCUCAGGUUCAUCUUCACCAUUCUUGGUUACACCACAGUUUUCUUGCCAUGUUACGUUCUCAUCCACCUAUCUCGAAGACACAACUUACACACACUUGGAGGCUGUCAGUGGAGACUACUACGUCUGAUAUUGACAGGAACCACUUCAGAAAUUGUUGCGGAAACAGACGGCAGUGUUUCUGGAACUGUAAGGCCAUCAAAUUCGGAAUCUAAAUCAUUAUAUAAAAAAGCAAUCUCACUAUGUUAUUGUUGUGUUGGUUUGCAAGUUUCUUAUUUGUUAUGGGGAAUUCUUCAGGAAAAGAUCAUGACAAGGGAGUAUGCUGAUGGUGAUAAAACUGAGAGAUUUACUGACUCACAGUUUCUUGUGUUUGUCAAUCGCAUAUUGGCCUUUCUCUUCUCUGGUAUAUAUUUACUGUUGACCCACCAAAAUAUUCACCGUACCCCACUGUACAAGUACAGUUUCUGCUCAGUCUCCAAUACCCUCAGUUCUUGGUGCCAGUAUGAGGCCUUAAAAUUUGUUAGUUUUCCAACCCAGGUUCUAGCUAAAAGUGCCAAGGUCAUUCCAGUUAUGCUGAUGGGGAAAUUAGUAUCGCGAGCACAGUACAAAAAUUACGAGUAUGCAACUGCUGUGCUAAUAUCGGUUGGAAUGACUGCCUUUUUAUUGGGAUCUGGCGGUGAUAAAAAAGGAAAUAACGUUACAACUGCGAGCGGUGCUCUACUCCUUUGCGGCUAUUUGAUAUUUGAUAGUUUUACUGCCAACUGGCAGAGUGCCUUAUUCAAAGAACACAAACCGAGUUCAAUUCAAAUGAUGUGCGGUGUCAACUUAAUGUCGUGCCUAUUUACUUCCGCCUCCCUCAUCCAGCAAGGGGGAUUUUUUUAUUCCUUAUCUUUUGCUGCAAGGCACCCGAUUUUUAUCAUGGAUUGUCUACUAACAGCCAUAAGUUCGGCUUUGGGACAACUUUUCAUUUUUGCUACAAUAUCAAAAUUUGGACCUGUUGUGUUCACAAUUAUCAUGACUGUCAGACAGGGAUUAUCAAUUUUACUGUCGUGUCUUCUCUACAAGCAUCAUCUCUCGGAGAUGGGCAUUUUGGGUGUAUUCAUAGUCUUCCUAGCCAUCUUCCUACGCAUCUAUUACGCACAGCAACACAAGAAACGCAAGUUAGAUUCAACGGAUGCCUCUGCUAGCAAAGUUUGAGCAUUUUCAACAUGACAAAUCUCAUAUCUAUUCGGAUACUUAAAUUAUUCGGUGCUUGCGGUACGUUUAAAAACAUAAUAACUGCUUGGUACUCUUUAUAUUUAAAAACGGUUAUUGUCUGGUGCAAUUUACUGACCAAAAGCACAAGUUUUUGUAAAUUUGAUAUGUGGUUUAUUUUAGAGGGAAGGUUGUGUCAAUACAGACAUGAUUUUGAUUAUGAAAA